AUGGGCAGUAUGAGUAGCUCUAACAUUAGUGACUCCACUUUCAUCCUGGUUGGAAUUCCGGGACUGGAACGGCUACAUGGGUGGAUUGCUUUGCCCAUUUUUUCCAUAUAUGUGAUCACUGUCCUGGCUAAUGUUAGUGUCCUGCUCAUCAUAAAGACAGAGAAAAGUCUCCACCAGCCCAUGUACCUCUUUCUCUCAUUGGUUUUGUUGACAGACCUUGUCUCGUGCAAUGCUGUCCUACCUAAGAUGGUGCUUAUCUUCUGGUUCAAUCAACGGGAGAUCUCUUUUGAGGGUUGCUUGGUCCAGAUGUAUUUCGUACAUUCCUUUACCGUCAUGGGAUCCGCUGUGCUCGUGGCCAUGGCCUAUGACCGUUAUGUGGCGAUAUGCCACCCACUUAGAUAUUGCACCAUCUUAACAAGUCCACUUAUCACUAAAUUUGGAUUUUUGGGGGCCAUGAGAGGAACACUCCUAUUGCUUCCUCUGCCAUUUCUUGUGAAGAGGCUGCCAUUUUGUGGGAAUCACAUAAUUGAACAAACAUAUUGUGAACACAUGGCUGUGGCCAAGCUUUCCUGUGCAGACAUCAGAAUUAAUGUUGUGUAUGGAUUACUAGUUGCUCUACUGGUAAUGGGAGUAGAUACUGCAUCCAUCGCAGUGUCCUAUUUCAUCAUUGUGAGGACUGUUCUGAGACUUCCAACCCAAGAGGCCAGACGCAAAGUAUGGAGCACCUGUAUUAGUCAUUUCUGUGUCAUUCUAGUGGCCUAUGUCCCAGCUCUCUUCUCUUUUGUGUCUCAGAGGUUUGGCGAACACACAGCUUCUUCAACCCAAAUUCUUCUGUCGAACCUGUACCUGGUCUUUACGCCCAUGUUAAAUCCAAUAAUAUAUGGCAUAAGGACAAAACAACUGUAUAAAUGUUUGUCGUAA